AUGUAUUUGUUGGACGUCGAAACAAUCACACUACAUCAGUUUUAUGGUAAUGCUAUCCCAAAACGUAAAUAUGCAAUCCUUUCGCACACAUGGGGCGAAGACGAAGUAAGCUUUCAGGAUCUACAAGCCGGGAACGGCCCCAGCAAGAUGGGUUACCUGAAGAUUCUCUACACUUGCGAGCAAGCGAAAGAGGAUGGCCUCGAAUGGGCUUGGGUAGACACUUGCUGUAUCGAUAAAUCGAGUAGUGCUGAGCUCAGCGAAUCGAUUAAUUCAAUGUACCAGUGGUAUAAAGAUUCCGCUAUUUGUUACGCCUACCUCGUCGAUGUUGACAAGUUUCCGCACACACGUUCAAUAGGAGAUGAAAAUCCACAAGUCUCGAGAUGGUUUACUAGAGCUUGGACGCUGCAGGAGUUGAUUGCACCACAGGAACUCCGCUUCUAUGGUCCUAACUGGAGUUACAUAGGCCUACUCGAGGAAGAAGAAAUAUCACGCGUUGUUUCCGCUGUCACCAGGAUCCCGUCGUCAUUGACACAAGGUUACAUGUCUUUAUCCGGGUAUAGCACCGCGCAGAAAAUGUCCUGGGCAGCUCAUAGAAGGAGCACUCGCGAUGAAGACAUUGCGUACUCUCUCCUAGGGCUAUUCAAUGUCAGCAUGCCGCUCUUAUAUGGCGAGGGCCCAAAAGCUUUCAUCCGAUUACAAGAAGAAAUUCUCAAAGAAACGGAUGAUCACACAUUGCUGUGCUGGACCGUUCCGGAAAUGAGUCCCAGAGCGUGGACGCUUCAAAGCGUGUUUGCCUCAUCACCUGACGAUUUUUCGGAAGCGGGAGAAGUCAAAGAAAGCGUUUUCGAUUCUGGACAUCCGUCUGCAAUUACCAACAGGGGGCUCCAGAUUUAUCUCCCUCUCACAGAACAACUCUAUGGUGAAGGUUCUCACCUAUACCACAGGAACUUGGAGUGCGAGAUCUUUAAUGCAAGGCUAAAUGUAUUAGACGUCCGAAGCCCUCUCAGCGGUCAAAUGUCAAUACAGCUAGUUAAAUCACCACCGAUGUUGACUUCUCACCUACCCCUAGUGAAUAGGUACGCAAGAUUGGCUACACCUUCACUUAAACCUAUAAAGAGGAUUUUUUGGGAUAUAAAAAGUCCUGCAGAUGGUAGGCCUCAAUUGAUAUAUAUCCACAAAAACCUCCCUAUUGAGGAACAGGGUCGAUUCGGAAUCGGGGGUGUUCACUUGCAAAAUAUUCCUAUCACUAAAGGUCUUUAUCCAUUCCCCGCUGGAUUCGCUGCUGGAAGAGCAGAAGAUAACUUAAGAAAUUUUCGAAUCAAGACGGUGCGAUAUCCUGGGCUCCAAAGAGAAGCUUGCGACCUCGACUCUUUAAUCACACUUCGGGAUAUGGCUAUGGAAGAUGGGAUAAUGUGGUCUACCACAUACGGGUGUGCCACGUUCAACACUGAACUUCGUCAAAUUCCCAAACGACCGUAUUUUAUAAUCUUCGGGAUGGAAUACCUUCGUGAUGUAGAUCAAUCGUUCAGCCUUCUACUCGCUUGGGAUAAUGCCCACAUACACUUUAACCUCUGUCGCAGCGAGGCGCAGAUAUCCGAAUCCCUCCUUUCAAAAUAUUUUCUCGGCAAGCCUCGCUGGCGAUGGCGUGCUGUAGACGAGGUAGACGAGGUAGACGAGGUAGACGGGGUAGACGGGGUAGAAGAGAAGAGUUCAUGGGCUGAGAUAAUCGACCCAUCUCACCGUUCAACACUUGAAGGAAAUUGUUGGGAUAUGUAUGGCAGAAUAGCCAGCACACGCGUGUCCAUAGGGAACCAGAUCAUCGAGUUCACUUUGGACCGGGAGGAUCCUAACUCCAAAGAUGGAGAGGCGGCAAGUAACCGAUUACAUUUCUUAAUACGAGCUACAGAGCAUCAGAGAGAAGAAACCACAUGA